AAUGCACUCUUUGUGUUGAAUGUUUUUAACUGUAAGAGUCUCAGUUGGACACAUGAAGGCGCCAUUUCCAUGCGCACCACAGGAAGCCUUUUUUUUCCUCUCAAUGAGAGACUUGGAAGAAACUAAUGCAAGUGUUUAACAGCUGCAGACACAGAUCAGUCAGGUCAAACAGGCAACAUGAUCCCGCGCGGCUCCACGUCCAGUCUGAUCCCAUUAAGGAUGAAGGCGCGAGCGGCUAAUUAUUUUAAUAUUCCGGCAUGUUUUUAACAAGUCUGUCGAUCUGUGUGCUUUUACAGAGGAGAGGAACAAAUAGUUCAACAGAAGUGUCAGGGAUAUGUAUAAAAAACAGGCUACUGUCCUUACGCGCGCGCGCCUUUGCCCACAUUUCCAUUACGCACGGUUCACAUGAGUCCUGCCGGGAUGGAGCAGCGCCACACAGGAGAGCCACUGACUGAUGAAGAGGAGAGCACGGGGAAGCCUUCAUCUUCACCUUUCUGCUUAAACACCCAAACGUCCCUUCGUGCGUAAAAAAAAGAACAAAAGGAAAAAAAAAGGAGGGCGACCAUCGUGUCAUGGCUCCACUCCACGGACGGAGGAGUCGCGUGGAUUCCCGUCCCGAAAACUUCCAGAGUCCUCUCCGAGAGGUCCCUUCGGAUUCCCGCUCCGCGCUUUCCCCCCGUUUCCACUGAGCACCGGGAGGCGAGGCUGUUGGCACCGCGAUGGCCGCCGCGUCCUGAGCGCACGGGAGGGACGGGAUGAUGGAUCUGGAGGUGACGGAUGUGAACUGCUCCCUGAACGAGAGCGGCUGCGGCGGGCUGAGCGCGUCUCCCGCCGGGGUGUCCACUGCGCUGGCCAGCGUGCUGAUCUUCACCAUCGUGGUGGACAUUCUGGGCAACGUGCUGGUCAUCCUGUCCGUGUACAGGAACAAGAAGCUCAGGAAUGCAGGCAACAUCUUUGUGGUGAGCUUGUCUGUGGCAGACCUGGUGGUGGCGCUGUACCCGUACCCUCUGGUGCUAAYGGCCAUCUUCCACAAUGACUGGACCAUGGGGGACCUGCACUGUCAGGCCAGCGGCUUCAUCAUGGGCCUCAGCGUCAUCGGCUCCAUAUUCAACAUCACAGCCAUCGCCAUCAACCGCUACUGCUACAUCUGCCACAGCCUCCACUACGACCGCCUGUACAGCCUGAGGAACACCUGCUGCUACCUGGGCCUCACCUGGGUGCUCACAGCCAUCGCCACAGUGCCCAACUUCUUUGUUGGCUCUCUCCAGUAUGACCCCCGCAUCUACUCCUGCACCUUCGCCCAGACGGUCAGCUCGUACUAUACCAUAUCAGUGGUGGUUAUUCACUUCCUGAUUCCAUUGCUGGUCGUAUCCUACUGCUACAUGAGGAUAUGGGUACUUGUGAUUCAAGUGAAGCAUCGGGUUAAGCCCGAUCAAAGGACUAGGCUGAAACCUAGUGAUGUCAGGAACUUCUUGACUAUGUUUAUGGUGUUUGUGUUGUUUGCUGUGUGCUGGGCUCCAUUGAACCUCAUAGGCCUGGCUGUAGCUAUAAACCCUGUAAAAGUUGCUCCAAAAAUACCAGAGUGGCUCUUUGUCACAAGCUACUUCAUGGCAUACUUCAAUAGCUGCCUCAAUGCCAUCAUAUAUGGACUGCUAAACCAAAACUUUCGGAAGGAGUACAAGACUAUCCUUCUUGCUCUGUGCAUCCCACGUUUGCUGCUCAUGGAAACUUCCAGGUGCGCCACAGAGGGACUAAAGACUAAGCCUUCGCCGGCCGUGACGAACAAUAAUGUAGCGGAGUUAAAUGUACAAACUUGUGUGUAAUCGAGCUUGUGGAUGUGCCACGAUUCACCCAGUGCCUUUUCACAAUGUGCAUCAUUUUCCUGUUGAAAUGAUACCUUGAUCUGCGUACCAAAUUAAAACUUGUGGUUGGGGUUG